GUCCCUGUAGUUUCAGAGCCAGCAAAAUCUUGAAUUUUACUGAGCUAAAACCCCUUGAAAACCCCAACAGAACUAUAGAACAGAAAAUACUAGAGAAGAUGGAAGGAAAUUCAGGGUACAAGGAUUAUGUAGCUGGUUUAAUGGCCGGUAUUGCUAUGGUUAUUACUGGUCACCCUUUUGAUACCGUCAAGGUGAAGCUCCAGAAACACAAUACAGAAGCUCGUGGAAUAAAGUACAAGAAUGGAUUGCAUUGUGCUGCUAGAAUAUUAAAAACCGAAGGAGUUAAGGGGCUCUAUCGAGGAGCUACAUCUUCGUUCAUUGGCAUGGCCUUUGAGAGCUCACUUGUAUUUGGCAUUUACUCCCAAACAAAACUAUUGCUUCAGGGUGGACCAGAUGGAGGUAAGCCCCAGCCUCGAGCAAUAAUUCCUUCAGCUGCUUUCGGAGGAGCUAUUAUCAGCUUCAUUCUAUGCCCAUCAGAACUGGUGAAGUGUAGGAUGCAAGUUCAGGGUGCUGAUUCUGUGGUACCAAGCUCCAGUAGAUAUGGUGGUCCUCUUGAAUGUGCACUUAAAACUGUAAAAUGUGAAGGGCUCACAGGCAUAUUUCGAGGAGGCUUCACGACCUUAUUAAGAGAAUCUAUCAGCAACGCUGUCUUCUUUAGUACGUAUGAAUAUGUGCGUUAUUACUGUCAUCUAAAACGGAAAGGUGCUUCCUCCGAGUCUAAUCAAUUGAUGGAUAUUGGAGUUGGAAUAAUGAGUGGUGGUCUUGGCGGUAUAGCAUGCUGGUCAGCAGUUCUGCCGUUGGAUGUAGCAAAAACUAUAAUUCAGACCACCCCAGAGAAAAACCAUACAAGAAAUCCGUUUCGCAUUUUGAAAUCGAUUUACGGGAGAUCUGGUCUUAGAGGAUGCUAUAUGGGUCUAGGUCCUACAAUUGUGAGAGCGUUUCCUGCUAAUGCAGCUGCAAUUGUUACAUGGGAGCUGUCGGCCAAAUUGUUGGGAAUCAAGCGCGAUUUGAACUAGAAAUGACGGUACAUUCUGAGAAAACUCCAGUAUCAAAUGUGAUCAAUCUUACCAGGGACUCAAGGAGGUUCAGAUAUUUAUUCUAUCAGUAUCUCUGCUUGCUGAACAAAAGCAGGGGACGACAAAGAAUCCCCAUUUGAGACUCUACAAACAGAUUGUUCUCCGUGCUAGUAUUAUUCAAUUACAUUCCCUUUGCCUUAAAUUUAGAGCAGCACACGACGAAAUUCAUACAAAAGAAAUAACAGUUAAAAGAAUUGUGUCAUUUGGCUUUGGCUCCAUGUGAUGCGAAUCUGGAGGUAAUUUACCCUCCCAACCAUAGACUCAUUGAGAUUUUGAUGAAGCGUAUUACAUAAUUUUAACCAGCAUAAUACAAGAAUAUCAACAGAUUUGUUUUUCACCCGGAAACCAUGUUUGCUUAAAUGUGGGUGAAAGAUUAUCAGCCUUGCAACUUUGUGCCACUUUGGUUUUUGCUCUA